UUCUUUUAGGUUCGUUAAUUUCACUCGUGAAAACAGAAUUUCCUAGUUGCCGAGGGUGGGCUGGUCCCCGUACAAAAACUGCUGGCAAGGAUCAAGGAUUCGUCAGACGAGCUUCUGUGUUCGCUCCAAUUAAGAAAUUAAAUCAUGAAGACUACAAUGAUGUGUAUGGUCACUUUGAUCCUAUGUCAUUCUGAAGCGGUUGAUCCUAAUGCUGAUACAAAAACAAGGAUCUCCAGAGGUCAGAGUAAAACAUUUGGAAAACAUCCGAGUAACGGAUUGAUUUCUUUCAAUUCUGAAGAAGAGAAGCUUCGCAUCGACUGGGCCGUAACAAUUCCCUUCAUUUCAAUACCCCUGGAUCACAAAACAGGCGAACACGGAGAAAUUCCUUCCUUACUCAACGUCAAUACAAAACCUCUUGGAUUAGUUGGAUUGAUGACUACUCUACUUACUGUGAUCACACCGCUAUUUUCCAAAACGCAUCCGCAACACAAUACACAUCACCACUAUCGUGAGCGAUCCUUUCAGCUAUCUAUAUUUACAAAUGUAUUUUUAAUCUUUUGUCUAAUGCAUGCAGGUUCCGAGGACAACGUGCAAUGGUUCCAAAUGGGUAACAUCAUCAACGAGAUGAUUUUCAGUAACAAUUACAUGGUCCCCUGUAUGCAACAAGUUGUUUGCUCUAUCGUUUCGCUGGCUACUCACGCAGAGAACCCAACAGGCACGGAUAAAAUAAUCGACGGUCUGUCAAGUUACAAAUGGUUCAAAGAUUUCACAAAUGGCACAAUUGUUGAUGAAGCUAUAGCAGUCGGUCAGAAAGGAAACGAUUGCGCACGCGUUUACAAGGACUGUGUAAUAUCACCGAAACUUUUGAAAAUCAUGAUGAACGAGUUUGGUAUAGUGUGACCCGUGAAUGUAAUCUUUAUUUUACCGUACAAAUACA